GCGCUGGCCCCGCCCCCUGCCGGGCCCGCCCCCCGCCGAGUGCGGGCGGGGGUCGCUCCAAGAUGGCGGGCGUGCCGGCCGUGCGCAUCAGCAUCGAGUCGGCGUGCGAGAAGCAGGUGCAGGAGGUGGGGCUGGAUGGCAGCGAGACCUACCUCCAGCCGCUCUCCAUGUCCCAGAACCUGGCGCGCCUAGCGCAGCGCAUCGACUUCAGCCAGGGCUCUGGCUCCGAGGAGGACGAGCCGGGCUCGGCGGGCCGGCCCUGGGCCGAGCCGGGCGAGACGGAGGAUGAGGAAGGGUUGGUAAAGUUCCAGCCAUCCCUAUGGCCUUGGGAUUCAGUGAGGAACAACUUAAGAAGUGCCUUGACUGAGAUGUGUGUGUUGUAUGACGUUCUUAGCAUUGUGAAGGAUAAAAAGUUCAUGACUCUAGAUCCAGUCGGGCAGGAUCCCCUUCCUCCAAAACAAAAUCCUCAGUUUCUACAGCUAAUUUCAAAAAAGAAGUCAUUAGCUGGAGCAGCUCAGAUCCUGUUGAAAGGUGCAGAAAGAUUAUCCAAAUCAGUUGCUGAAAAUCAGGAAAAUAAGCGACAAAGAGACUUCAAUUCUGAACUGCUAAGAUUGAGACAACACUGGAAGCUGAGAAAAGUGGGAGAUAAAAUUCUUGGUGAUCUGAGCUACAGAAGUGCAGGCUCCCUUUUUCUUCAUCAUGGCACGUUUGAGGUGAUAAAGAACACUGACAUUGACCUGGAUAAAAAAAUACCUGAGGAUUACUGUCCGUUGGAUGUUCAAAUUCCAAGUGAUUUAGAGGGAUCAGCAUACAUCAAGGUUUCUAUUCAAAAACAAGCACCAGACAUUGGUGACCUCGGGACAGUCAAUCUCUUUAAAAGACCCUUGCCAAAAUCAAAACCAGGUUCUGCACACUGGCAGACAAAGUUGGAGACGGCACAGAACGUUCUUCUAUGUAAAGAAAUUUUUGCCCAGCUCUCACGAGAAGCUGUUCAAAUUAAAUCACAGAUUCCUCACAUUGUAGUGAAAAAUCAGAUAAUCUCCCAGCCUUUCCCAGGUUUGCAGCUAUCUAUUUCUCUGUGUCACUCUUCUAAUGAUAAAAAGUCACAAAAGGCUGCUUCUGAAAAACAGAAUCCAGAGGAUCAUCUCUAUGUUCUGGAACAUAAUUUGCAUCAGCUUAUCAGAGAGAUACAUUAUUUGGUGCCGUCCUUUUAUAACACAUGUUGGUUGUUGCAGUGCCACAAGCAAACCCUGAGCUCGACAGUGAUGCCACAUCCAGCUAGUGCACCUUUUGGCCAUAAGAGAAUGAGACUUGCAGGGCCCCAGGCUUUUGAUAAAAAUGAAAUCAGUUCUUUACAGUCAAAUGAAGGACUUCUGGAAAAGAUCAUAAAACAGGCAAAGCAUAUAUUUUUAAGACGAAGAACUGCUCGAACCAUUGACAGUCUGGCAAGUCGUAUUGAGGAUCCUCAGAUUCAGGCUCACUGGUCCAAUAUCAAUGAUGUUUAUGAAUCCAGUGUUAAAGUUCUAAUAACUUCUCAAGGAUAUGAGCAGAUAUGCAAAUCUAUUCAACUACAGCUGAACAUUGGAGUUGAACAAAUCAGAGUUGUGCAUAGAGAUGGAAGAGUUAUUACAUUGUCCCAUCAAGAGCAAGAACUGCAGGAUUUCCUUUUAUCUCAGAUGUCACAGCACCAAGUACAUGCAGUUCAGCAGCUUGCAAAAGUUAUGGGAUGGCAUGUGCUGAGUUUCAGUAAUCAUGUUGGUCUGGGACCAGUGGAGAGCAUUGGCAAUGCAUCAGCAAUAACUGUAGCAUCACCAAAUGGAGACUAUGCCAUUUCAGUCCGUAACGGUCCGGAAAGCGGCAGCAAAGUCAUGGUUCAGUUUCCACGGAGCCAGUGCAAGGAUCUCCCCAAGGGCGAUGUCCUGCAGGACAGCAAGUGGAAUCAUCUCCGGGGGCCAUUCAAGGAGGUGCAGUGGAAUAAAAUGGAAGGGCGUAACUUUGUAUAUAAAAUGGAACUCCUGAUGGCUGCCCUAACUCCUUGCUAGUGAAGCAUCAGCUCUCUCUGAGGCUUUGAACUGUCCCUGUGCAGUGGUAACUGCCAGUGCAGCAAAGGGAAAUGGGAGCUAUGGGCUAAUACAAGAAAACAAAAUCAAAUUUAUUUCCUUUACAGAAAUAACCAUUUUGGUAUUUGUAAUAACACCUUUUUCAGUGGCAUAUAAAAUACAUACAUUGUAAAAGUUCCUUUCAGCUGUAUCUUUGAAAUUUGCUCUGUCCAGAGUGACAUAGAUGAGUAAUUAAUGUAUUUUUGUUUAUAAAAUUAAAUUUGGUAGUCCUUGA